UCUUUCCUCCAGCAUCCAGGAUUUCUGAACAAUAACAACUUCUCUGGCACCAUGGCCUCGCAUUUCGGUCAGAAGCUACUGCACAAGAUCGGGGUCGACCUCGACCUGCCCGGUAGUACUACUACUACACCUACUUCGCAACACAAUUCCCCGCCCGAGCGAGCAGUUAUCGACCACGAACACGAGCGCAUCCUAGGCGAGCGCGGCACAUAUCCACGCUUGGCACGGCUGAGCGAUGGGUCCAUUCUGGCAGCGAUGACGCGGCGGGAGAAUGGCCUGCGUGUGCUGAGCAUCUCCAAGAGCAUCGACAAUGCAGGCAGUUUCUCCGCCUUUGCAGAGGUGACCCGCGGGCCGGGCGACGUGGAUAACCUGUUCCUGCUGGAGAUCAGGCCCGGGCAUGUCCUUGCAGCUUUCCGCAACCAUGAUCUCGACCCGCACGGGCGCCCGACGUAUUUCCGGAUCACGGUGUGCCAGUCGACGGAUGGCGGGCGGAGCUGGAUGUUCCUCUCGCAGGCGGCGGAGAAGCGGGCUCCGCUAGGUCUGUGGGAGCCCUUUAUGCGGCUCGGGCGCGGCGGUGAGGUGCAGAUGACCUUCUCACAGGAGUUUGCGCCGGACGACCAACGCACAAUGCUGGUGGUAUCCAGGGAUCAGGGCCGCAGCUGGUCUGCGCCUGUGUGUGUGGAGGGGGCGCAGGAGCGGCUGCGCGAUGGGAUGACGGGGAUUGCGGUCACGAGGGAUGCCAGUUCGGGCCGCGAGGCGCUGGUGAUGGUCUUCGAGACGACGCGGUACCGCACCUUCAACGUCGAGGCGGUCGUUUCCUACGAUGACGGGGCGACCUGGCAGCACCGCCAUGAAGUGUAUGUGCCGCCGCGGGGCCACAACGCGGGCGCCCCUCAGAUCGCCUCCUUUGCAGACGGGAGCUUGGCCGCGGUCUUCAUGACGGACGAGGAUGCCGACCGUGUGGAAUGGGUGAAGCAUGCCGCCAUCAAAGUGGUCUUCGCUGGUCCGCCGCAGGAUGGUCGGAUCCGUUGGGGGGCCCCGCUGGUCGUCUGUGAGAAGGCCAGCGUCUGGCCGGGAGUCAUGGCUUUGGACGACGACACGGUUAUGGUCACCUAUGACUGCAGAGGGCCUCGGGCGAAAACCAUCACCUGGAGACGCCAUCGCCAUGAUUUAUAAGUUGAACUAUCAUCUAGCGAAGAGUUAUUUCUAGAGAACAGUUG